AUGGAACAGGAUGGCUGUGGCAAAAAGGGCCAUUUGGCCCGUGAUUGCAAAAAGCAGAAGAGGGAAAGACGGCCGAUAAAGGGCAGUGAGUGCCGGUCGGGCGGUAGUGAUCGCGGUGGGGGCUAUAAAAAAGCACCCCGAUCGCCCGAACGACGGUCCGGGGCGUCGUCUCGCGAGCGGUCCGAGGUUCGUCGCUCGCGCCGCAGCUUACCAGCACCGGCACGCGAGCGGCGAUCCGCGGCACCGUCUCGCGGGCGGCGAUCCCCGGCGCCGUCACCACAACGGCGGCCCCGGUCCGUACCGAGAAGUCGGAGCUCGGUGGUGGCGGACCGUGUAGCCGCUAUGGUCAUCGACGACAGAAAAGGAUGUCCAAACAGUAAGCAAUAA